AUGACUUUGGGUGGUAAUGGCCCAGAAGUCAAGGUCACUUUGUGCAGUGAGUUUGGUAAGAUCUUGGCAGGAAUUCACGAUACAACAGUCCAUGGUACAAACCAUUUGGCCACGAGUAUACAAGUAGCAGCAUUGGCAUUAAAACAUCGACAGAACAAGAUCCAGCGUCAACGGGUCGUGGUGUUCGUUGGCUCGCCUAUCAAAGAAGAUAGCAAGGAACUGAUUAAACUGGCAAAGAAAAUGAAGAAGAAUAAUGUUGCUGUGGAUUUUGUCAAUUUCGGUGAAGAGGCCGAAAACACUGAGAAGUUGGAGUCUUUUAUUGAACAAGUCAAUUCGAGCGAUAACAGCCAUUUAGUUACUAUUCCUCCUGGGCCCCAUCUCUUGUCAGAUGUACUUGCCUCUUCUCCAAUUAUCAAUGAAGAUAGCGUGGGCGGCGGUAUUCCAGGUGGAUUGGGUGCAGGAUCUGGAGGUGCUGGUGCCGGUUCGAGCUCGGAAUUGUUUGAAUUUGGUGUUGAUCCUAGUGUCGACCCUGAGCUCGCUCUUGCGCUGAGAAUGUCUCUUGAAGAUGAGAAAGCAAGACAAGAAAAAGAGAAAGAAAAGGCUGCUGCAUCUUCGUCUGCUGCUGCCACUAUUCCUGAAGAAACUGCUUCUGAGGUAGCGACCGCUGAAGCGAGCUCCAGUGCAUCUGCUGCUCCUGCUGCUAAUACAGAAGCAACAAAUGCUUCUGAGGAGGCUAAAGAGUCCGAGGAGAAUAAGCCAAGCCAGAUGGAUACUUCCAAUGAUUAG